UGACUUAACCCUGGAAGAUCAGCAAACAGUAGAUGUUGCUGUGGCAAAGAAACAGCGCUUGCAGUGGUUUGCGCAAACUCUUCAGCUGGUGGUGGGAGACGGUUUGAAAGAAACAAAAGUGGUAUCUCCUUCUCUUUCAAAGUUAUCAAAACUCAGCUCACUGCUGCACACAAGCACAACAUUCAAAGAUGUGUUUGAUGCUGAAUUUGGGGAACAGAAAUGCAUCCCUGCUGCAGUCAACACAAGAUGGAACUCAACACUGAGGCAAGUGAAGGCAGUUCUACAGUGCAAUUAUCUAAAGCUCUGUGCUCUUCUAGAAAAGGCUGGGCACAGGGAGUUGUCAUUCACAGCACGGGAGUGGAAUCUGUUGAAGGAGUUGGUGGACAUCUUGAAGCCAUUUGGAGAAGCAACUGAUUUGAUGCAGGGGGAGAAGGUCAUCACAAUCAGUGCUGUUGUUCCAUCCAUUUUUUCCCUCAACUACCACCUUGAGAAGCUGAAGCCUCAAGUCUUUUUCCUGAGCGGCCUGGUCAGAAGUCUCCAGGCAUCCCUGAACAAAAGAUUUCUUGGAAUCUUCAUCAACGUGAAAAUGGCCAGGACACAAGAUGGGAUCACUGCCCCCUUUUCAGAUCCAGUCUACCUCAAAGCAGUUGCCUUGGAUCCAGCAUUUUCUCUGUUGUGGUUGGAGCCCCAUGUGCUGGUCAAUCGUGACGUCAAGGUAGAGGUGGCACAAAGAGUUAAAGAAUUGAUCCUGGAAGAUGCUGCAGAGACUAAGCAACCUGUGCCUCUUGUUGAUGAAGAAGAGCAAGAGGACCUUAGAGAAGGAGAAGGGCUGUUUGCUGCAUAUCAUAAGAGGCAGAAGAAGGAUGUUGGGACAACUCCAGCACUACAGCUAAAUCACUACCUUGACAUAGCUGAAGGACAGAACGCCCUUUUGUUCUGGGCAUUAAACAUGAAGACUCUUCCUUCACUGUUCCGAGUGGCCAUUAGAGUCUUGGCAGUGCCUGCCUCGAGUGCUCCAGUGGAGCGAGUUUUCAGCCAUGGUGGCAUCAUACUACGUCCCCAUCGUGCACAAAUGACUGACAGACCUUUUGGCCAAUUUGGUCUUUUGCAAAUGCAAUGAGGCAUAGGGCCCUGACAUAUAAAAGCACAACCCUGUUCAUUGUUAUGUUCAUGUAUUUGUUAUGUUUCUCACAUGUACACACACACGCACACAUACACACACAGACAAUAUGCGAUGAGAUAAGUACAGGACAGGACAGAAACAGCUGUGGAACUAGUUAAAAUGCAAUAUGCCAUGGAAAUACAAUGUUAGCACUUUUGUACAAAUAAUUACAGUUGCACUUUUUCAAAUGUGUUUAUUCUGUAAAGAAGUGGUUUAAAAUGAAGAAUAUUCUUGCAAAAUAUGAGUUAAAUGUUAAAAAUGACUGGUUAAUAGUGCAAUGAAGAAGUGCAAUUUCAGCACAAUUUUUUUCUGCAAUUUCAAUUGCACUUGUUUUAAUAAAUAAAUACAGAUUUUAAAAGCAUACAUGAUCUGGGUAAAUAUAUUAUUACUCUCUGGUUAAAAGGACUCGAAAGGACUUGAAACUCAAACUGCAGGACUUGGGACUUAACUUGAGACUUGUCAGUCUUGACUUUGGACUUGACUCGGGACUUGCCUGUCUUGACUCGGGACUUGACUCGGGACUUGAGGGCAAAGACUUGAGACUUACUUAUGACUUGCAAAACAAUGACUUGGUCCCACCUCUGCACACGCUCAGGCCGCAUCUGCAGACCAAACCCAAAGGACGUAUAAACAACAAAUGUUCUUUGACAUGUGAUGUAAUUUUCUUACCCACCUGACGUUACAAAAUGUAAAUGUAACUCUGGAACUUUGCAUUUUUUCAUAUAUGUAUUUUUUAUGUUUAAGUGAUAUGCUCUACCUCCUUUAUUUUCUGUUAUACAGUCUUAGGUUUAACAAGAUAUAUUAUUACUGUA